AUGGGGGCGCCAGCGCCGCCGCCGCCGCGGCCCGGGGCCCCGCGCUCUCUGUGUGGCGGCGGCGCCGACUGCCCUGUGCGAGCGCCGACACCGUGUCUGGCGCAGCCGCGCCGCACCGCUCCAGCACAAUACCCUCACGCCGGGGAGCUGUGCCCGCUUGACAUGCCGUGCAACUGGCUCAAACUUCGCAGCGGUAAAGAGCGGGCUGGAGACGACGAAGUGAGCGGCACCUGGCCGUACUGCCGAACCGCCGCCGCCGCCGCCGCCGCCGCCGCCACCGACGACGACGACGACCGCUCCUGUUACGUUGAUCCCGCGGCGCUUUUAUUGCCGCUGGCUCCACGGGAGCAGUGGAACAGCACCACAGAUGCAGCUGGCCGUUAUCAUUUCCCGAUACCGCUAGAGCGUCUACUGCAGAGCGAGUGCGGGGCUAGCGGACCAUGGCGGCGGGCCGCAGCUGAUCGCCGCCCACGCACCCGUAGCAUGGCGCCGCUGCUGCUGCUGCUGCUCCCGCUGGCGGCCGCCCACGUGGGGGCGGAGGGGCGAGAGGCGCCGCCGCGCUACACCCGCCAGUGGGCCGUCCACGUGGAGGGCGGGCCGCCGGCGGCCGACGCCGUCGCCGCCAAGCACGGCUUCGUCAACCUCGGACAGGUUGAGCGAAGAGGUUUUCAGAGGAUUUCAAAACGUACAGAUAGUUUGAGUAGCUAUAGGAAACUUCUUCCGCCGCCGCCGCCACCGCCGCCAUCACCACCACCACCACCACCACCACCACCACCACCUGUGGUUCAAACUGGAAGACGCUGGCCUUAG